AAUGCUUCGUUUAGUUAAUUUAUUAUACUAUCUAGUCCAAAUAGUUCUUAUCUGUGAUUACGUUAAGCGCUCAACUUCUCAUGGGAGCCUUCCUGAUGAAGAACCCUUAAAACUUCAAUUGGAUGAUUAUCAUCGUUUCACUUGUCAAGAGUCUACUCUCAAAAUCAAGUGUUAUCCAGAUGAGGGAAAUUUUAUGGUAAUUGAAAGCGCCGUCUAUGGGAGGAGGAAAGAAGAAAUAUGUAAUCCUCAAAAAUUCCAAACAUGCUACGAUCCUAAUGCAAUAGCAUCUGUUCAAAGAUUAUGCUUUGGAACAACCUAUUGCGAAGUUCCGGUAAACGAUAGGGAAUUUUCCAAUCCCUGCCUACCGGACAUUGAAAAGUACUUAGAAACUGAACAUCAAUGCGCUGACGAUUUUAUCUAUAUGUGUAGUGGAAAAGACAAGGUCGUACGAAUAGAUGAACCCAAAACUGGUUACAUAACAACAUUUAAUUAUCCAAAGGGAAUGCCCCCUAGAUCCUCGUGCAAAUUAGAUUUAAGGACAAACCCUGGACAACAUUUACAAGUUCAAAUUUUACAUAUGCCAGAUGAGGCGAAUGCCAAUCAAUGCAGCACUCUUGUUAUAGAGGAUAUUGACAACAACGAUAGGAGAUUAAGCGUUCCAUCGUGUAAUCGAACGGAUGAGCAAACCGACGGUAUCUUCAAACAUUUAAGAGUUGAUUAUCAAGGAGGAACAAGGAGGAGAGGAUUUCUUAUCAAGUAUACAGGUUAA